AAAAUCGACGUUUGUUUUCAGUUAGUUGUAGUGCAGUACCUUCGUCAUGAGUAGCAACAGAACUAAAGAACCCACCUUGGAUGACUACAUCAGACUAGAAAAACUCGGAGAAGGUACUUACGGAGUGGUGUACAAGGCGAAGCACAACCAGACGGACAUGAUAGUGGCCCUGAAGAAGAUCAGGUUGGACAGUGAGGACGAAGGAGUGCCCUCAACUGCCAUCAGGGAGAUAUCCACUCUCAAGGAACUGCAGCACCCCUGCAUCGUCAAGCUGCUGGACGUGAUCAUGGACGAUAGUCGACUGCACCUGGUGUUUGAGUUUCUGGACAAAGAUUUGAAGAAGUACAUGGACAGUCUGGAACCCGAGGAGCUCAUAGAUGCCAAACUGGUUAAGAGCUACUCGUACCAAAUCAUGAAUGCCAUCUGCUUCUGUCAUAUGCGUCGAAUUGUGCACCGAGAUCUGAAGCCUCAGAACCUGCUCAUCAACUCCAAGGGCGUGAUCAAAUUGGCCGACUUCGGACUGGCGAGGACUUAUGGGAUCCCUGUGAGGGUCUACACUCACGAAGUGGUCACUCUGUGGUACAGGGCUCCAGAAGUGCUGCUAGGAUGCAAAAGGUAUGGCUCUCAAAUUGACGUGUGGUCUGUUGGAACUAUCAUUUGUGAGAUGCUGAAUAGGAAGCCCUUGUUCGCCGGGGACUCCGAGAUCGACCAGAUCUACAAGAUAUUCCAGAAGUUGGGAACUCCCAACGAGCAGCUGUGGAGGGGAGUGUCUACUCUUCAGGACUUCAAUGCCGACACAUUCCCUGCCUGGCAGCCCCAGAGCAUGAUCAGCAUGCUUAAGAGGCCGGACGAAGCGGCAGCUGAUUUGCUACAGCUUCUGAUGACUUACGACCCUGCGCGUCGAGUCACAGCCAAAGCCGCUCUGCACCAUAAAUACUUUGAUGAUCUGGAUCGAACUGUGCACCCACUGGACCAGUUGACCCACUUUCCACUCACGGGAACCCCAGCACCCAGUCGACCUGACGCGACCCCGAGCAACCCGCUGCAGACAUCUGUGCAGCAGAACGCCUGAAGAGAUUGUUUGUUCAUGAUGAUAUUCAACUUUGAAACUGAACUGACUGAUCUAAUUGUUUUUGAAUUGACUCACGCAGUUUGAGGCUUUGAAGGAGUAGAUUAAAAUGUGCAAUAAAGUGUUGAGUUGAGUGUUUGGUGUUGAAAAUAGAAUUCCGUUCUGAUUAGGUUUUAAAUUGUGAUUUUGUGUUAAUACUGAUGUGAAUCGUGGAAACUAAUAUGAAUAAAUAUUUUAAAACUAA